UUAAUUCGCAGAACCAUGAGUGAAACGUCAACGCGGUGUCGUGUAUAACCUGUAUUUUUGUUAUUUAUGCAUGCUCUUUUCAACCUUUUCAUGUAUCGUAUUACAGAAACUAAAGAAACUUAAUUUAUUUGGAAGUUAAAAAGAUGACGACCAUAAUUGGCAAUGAUAAUAAUCCAGCGACGUUAAAACUGGUCAUAGCAAAUAAUUUUGCCAGAACAAAAUGCAAACUUGAUCUCACCCCAAAUGAUGGUAAAAGACAACUACCAUAUUUAGUUGCAAACUCUGACCGAGAAUAUUUCAUUCCAAAUGCUGCAAUAUGGUAUUUAUUGGAACCUUCAGACGAGAUUUCCGAGAAAGUAACUGAAUUACUCGAAUUAGAGGCAAUUGCUCUAUCACCUUCCCUUGCAUUUAUUUUCGGUGGAAAUAGUAAAUCUGACAAAAUCAAAGGUAUCAUAAAAUCAUCCCUCGAUACAAUUAAUUUGGAGAUUAAAGAUAAAUUAUUCUUAAUCGGGGACAGUGUUUCAAUAGCUGAUAUUGCUAUUUUUAGUACUUUAUAUCCCUUAUAUAAAUCAGAGAAAUUAUUUAAGGAAUACCUUGCAAAUAUGCCUAAUAUUGUUCAAUGGAUUAAGUCACUUGAAGAAAAGCCUGAGAUUAAGGAUGCUUUAAAAGUAAUUUUUCAUGACAAAGUCAAUAUUGGCCAUGCAUCAUAUCAUACUUUGCUACAAAGUUCAAAAUAUGUACUACCACAAGAUGAUUCGAUACCUAAUCAAAUCCAAGAAAAAGAAUCACCUACACAUGAAAAAGAAUCUCCAAUUCAUAUAUCUGAGGUGGUUGGCAAGGAAGAGUUAGAAGCAGUAGAAAGCAUGGAAAAGAUAUAA